CGGCUGAGUAGGCUAAAGGUGAGGCUGGCUGGAGCCUCCUCCGGCGGGGGUUGCUCUUGCUUGCUGCAGCUUCGGACAACAAAACCCCGUGUGUGUGUGUGGAAUCGUUCACACACACUCAGCCGACAAAAUAAACCAAAGCGAGGUUUUUAUGCAGCAAGCUGAAGUCAAAGUAUCCCGAAAAGGGAGAAGAAAUGGCGAGUCGUUUAGCAGAGAUUGCUCCUGAGCGGACAUUUCAGUACCAAAAUAUUCUACCUCCCCUGCCUGUCCCGACACUAGAGAGCACCCUUUCCAAGUACCUGGAUGCAGUUCGUCCGUUUGCGUCAGAGAAAGAGUUUAGAUCUACAGUGGACAUCAUAAGGAAGUUUAGAGAAGGUGUGGGCAAAGAUCUGCAUCAGAAGCUGCUGCAAAGAGCUGAAUCAAAGAGAAACUGGCUGGAGGAAUGGUGGUUAGACACAGCAUAUCUGGAGGUCCGCAUGCCCUCUCAGCUGAAUGUAAACUUUGGUGGCCCAGGACCGUACUUGGAGCAUGUUUGGCCUCCGGCGGAGGGAGUGGCUCUGCAGAGGGCCAGCAUCAUCACAUGGCACACGCUGCAGUACUGGAACCUGCUCUGCACGGAGAGACUGGCUCCUCAAAAGGCCGGCAAAACCCCGUGGGACAUGGAUCAGUUCAGGAUGCUCUUCUGCACCUGCAAAGUGCCGGGAGUGAAGAAGGACACCAUUCGUAACUACUUCAAGACAGAAAGUGAGGGUCCGUGUCCUUCCCACCUGGUGGUGAUGUGCCGUGGACGGAUAUUUACGUUUGAUGCACUUUUUGAUGGACAAAUCCUAACUCCUCCAGAAAUUCUCAGGCAGCUGAGCUAUGUGAAACAAUGCUGUGAGAGAGAAAGAGAAGGAGACGGAGUGUCUGCUCUCACAUCAGAGGAGAGGUCUCGUUGGGCCAAGGCAAGAGAGCAUCUAAUAAGCAUCGAUCUGCACAAUAAAACAAUCCUGGAGACCAUUGAGAGUAGCCUGUUUGUUUUGUCCCUGGAUGAGACAAAACCCUACUCUACCCCAGAGAACUACACAAACUUAACUGCAGCAGCCCUUACAGGUGACCCCACCAUCCGCUGGGGCGACAAGUCGUACAAUUCAAUUGUGUUUGAAGACGGCACAUUUGGGUCCACCUGUGAUCAUGCACCAUAUGAUGCUAUGGUACUGGUGUCCAUGUGCUGGUAUCUGGAUGAACAAAUCAGAGCUGCAGAAGGACAGUGGAAGGGCUCAGACGAAGUCAGGCAGCUUCCCCUUCCCGAGGAGCUGCUGUUCACUGUGGAUGAAAAAGUUGUCAGUGAUAUAAAUCAUGCCAAACAGCAGUACCUGGAGUCUACGCAGGACCUUCAGAUUGUGUGUUACGCCUUCACAGCGUUUGGAAAAAAAGCCAUCAAAGAGAAGAAGCUGCACCCAGACACCUUUGUUCAGCUAGCUAUGCAGCUGGCAUACUACAAAAAGCACAAGAAACCAGGAAGUUGCUACGAGACGGCGACAACACGCAGGUUUUACCACGGCAGGACGGAGACAAUGCGGCCCUGCACCCAGGAGGCCAUGACCUGGUGCAGAGCCAUGACUGACCCAACGUGUGAUGUGAGCGUCAGGAGGAAAGCCAUGCUCUCAGCCUUUGAGAAACACAACAAACUGAUGUCAGAGGCUCAGGAAGGAAACG